CUCGCCGUCAUCCGAGGUGCCUGAACCCGAGAAGCGCUCAAUUGCCGGCGCUAGCUAGGCUAGCAAGAACCAAAGCCCUCAACCGGAUCCCCAGGGAGGAAAUCGCAUCGCUACGGCAAGCCACGAACACAGCCAACGUUCCCAAGUCUCAACCAGCUCUCCGCUUAAUCAAACAGAACCAUCGCCAUGUCGUUCUACCUCCCGUCCCUCCGAGGCCUCGCCUCGCGGAUUCUCACCCGGCCAGCCAGUCUCAGCCCCACCCGCUUCUCCUCCCCCAAGACGACAAACACACAAUGCCUCCUCGCACCAUCAACCAGCGCCGCCUUCUCAACAACACCCUCCCCCCUCGCUCCGCCAAACGCCAAAAACAAAGGCACCAGCAAACCCGGCAAGCCAGGCAGCAAAGGCGCCGCCGCCAAAGGCUCCGGCAAACCUGGCAGCAAGCCAGCCAAGAAGAAAGGCAAGGGCGCCGAAGAAGCGCCUGACCCGCGAAUGAUCAACAUGAUGCGGCACCUGGCGGUGCUCUCGCCGAAGCGGAUCCCGCCGCCCCUGCGCAUGGGCCGCAACCGGCACCUGCGGCACUGGACGAUCCACCGGGCGUGGCUCCUGUUUCGGCGGCGGGAGCGCGAGGCGCGCGAGCGCAACCUCAUGCGGCAGUACCAGAGCAUGCACGCGGCCAUGGAGGAGCUGCGGCUGACGAGCGGUCCGGGCACGAGGGAUGAGGGUUAUCUGUACCGCGUCGCCAUGGAGAAGAAGGGGGUUUGGGGCCUGCAGGGGGUGCCAAUUGAGUACGCGCGGGCCCAGACCGAGACGCCCGCCAGAGUGGCGUGGAAUCAUGACUGGAAGCGGUAAACGGGGGGCAAGGGGAGAUGAGGAAAGGGGCUUGUUCUUCUGUGGUUGGACAAUGGGCCAAGUAGACGGAGGGAUACUGUUGGCAAAGGUGGGCAGGGUGAUGAAGCUGUUAUGCGAAUAUUGACAUACAGGGGCUGUUACUGUGUUGUAAAACUAGAAUAUCCUGUAGAAUAGCAUGUUGGACAAGGAAGGGCCCAAGGACGCGGAGUUCUAUCAUAGAUUUGGGAGAACGUUCAUGUGCUCGCGUCCGCGGGACGAGAUUUGAAUGUCGAGUUCUAAGUCCAUGAGGAAGUUACAAUUCAUUCCAG